GCCGGGGAAAACGGAAGUAGGUACGUGGCCGCUCCAGCCGCAACAGUCUCUCCAUGAUGGCGACAGAGGUUCAGCUUCAAAGCGGCGACCUCGACAGUCCUGCUGCCGGCCGCCUGGAUGUGUCCAUCGACGGCCUCACCCUCACUCCUGACCCGCAGCCCGAGGACGGGCAGCCGGAGCCCGGCAGGCUGACAGCGGGCGGCGGCCAGGCUGAAGAUGGAGAGACUGCCAGGUCCGCCGUGGAGGGGAAAUGGGGCUUUCCACUGCAGGAGCUGUACGGAAUGGCGCUGAAAUUCUUUAAAGAUAAGGAUGGAAAGGCCUUCCACCCCACCUACGAGGAGAAGCUUCGCCUGGUGGCCCUCCACAAACAGGUGCUGCUGGGCCCUUAUAAUCCCGAUGCCUCCCCCGAGGUCGGCUUCUUUGACGUCCUGGGCAACGACCGCAGAAAAGAGUGGGCCUCAUUGGGCAACAUGGAGAGGGAGCAGGCCAUGGUGGAGUUUGUCCAACUGCUCAACAAGUGCUGCAACCUCUUUGCGCCCUACGUCACCUCCCACAAGAUAGAAAAGGAGGAGCAGGAGAGGAAAAGGAAAGAGGAGGAGGAGCGUCAGAGGCUGGAAGAGGAGGAGAGGGAGCGACAAAGGCAAGAGGACGAGAGACGAAGGAUGGAGGAGGAGGAAAGGCUGAGGCGGGAGGAAGAGGAGAGGCGGCUGGCAGAGGAAGAGAAGCUACGCAUAGAGCAGCAGAAGCAGCAGAUAAUGGCGGCUUUGAACGCCCAGACCGCCGUGCAGUUCCAGCAGUACGCGGCUCAGCAGUACCCAAACAGCCCCGAGCAGCAGAUGGGCCUCAUCCGCCAGCUCCAGGAGCAGCACUACCAGCAGUACAUGCAGCAGCUCUACCAAGUCCAGCUGGCCCAGCAACAGGCGGCCUUACAGAAGCAGCAGCAGGUGGACCCCAUGGCCCACGCCCACCAGGAGGCCGCUGGCUUCUGCAGCGCCGAUCCCAUCGCGGCGUCUGCAGCGGGGCCGAUGUGCGCAGCUUCACCUUCCAGCGAGGACGCCCCGACCGUGAAUGGCGGCGGCCACUCUGACCCCUACAUGGAAAACACGGACCGAGAGCCUGAACUCGAGGCGGCAGAGGAGGUCUCGGAGAAUGGGCCGUUAUUAGCAGACUCGCCGCCCGUCAUCGCUGCUCCCUCCAUGUGGACGCGCCCGCAGAUCAAAGACUUCAAAGAGAAGAUCCGCCAGGACGCCGACAGCGUGAUCACGGUGGGGCGCGGCGAGGUGGUGACGGUGCGCGUCCCCACGCACGAGGAGGGUUCCUACCUCUUCUGGGAGUUCGCCACAGACUAUUACGACAUCGGCUUCGGGGUCUUCUUCGAGUGGACGGACGCGGCGUCGGCCUCGGUCAGCGUGCACGUGUCGGAGUCGAGCGACGAGGACGAGGAGGAGGAAGGGGAGGCUCCGAGCGAAGAGGAGAAGGCGAAGAAGGGGGCGGGGAAGCCUCAGGUGGACGAGAUAGUGCCGGUGUACCGGCGGGACUGUCACGAGGAGGUGUACGCCGGCAGCCACCAGUACCCGGGCCGCGGCGUCUACCUGCUCAAGUUCGACAACUCCUACUCGCUGUGGCGCGCCAAGAGUGUUUACUACAGAGUCUACUACACCAGAUAAGCCUGGACCGAGGAGCAUCUAUGUCCGUAUACAUAUACAUACAUAUAUAUAUGUAUAUAUAUAUAUGUAUACGUCUGUGUGUGUUUGUAUGAAGGCAGCAGGUGCCUGGCUUUAAGGCAGGAGUGCAAUUCUGAAAGCCACCACCAGAGGGAGACAAAUAGACACACCUGGAGCCCUGUUUUUUUUUGUGUGUUUUCCUUUUUUGGUGAAGGGACCAAUGUAUGGAUUUCUUUGUGUCCCAAGCUGAACGAGUGUCUGUCUGGUCCCUACCUGUCCUUGUCAGACAUGUUUUAGUCUGGAAUCUUCAUCCCCCGCCAUUGCCGUCCAGGUCCCUCAUGGAAGAUGCCCCUCUUUCUUCUUUGCUCUUGAGAUGAUGUGCUUAAAAAAAAAUAACAACAGUCAUCACUUUCUGUGCAAAAGUCGUCAGACGUGCGCUCGGCAUAAUUAAUGAAGGAAGUCCCGUGCAAAUAGACAAGGCAUGUUUGAGCUCCAACAACAAAUAUCCCAUUCAAACAUUUUUAACCUCAUUUAAUUUAAGGCAGCGUCCGCCUUCUUGUUCCUUUCUUCAUUUUUUUUUGUCCCGUCCUGUGUGUCAUCUGUGUGGUUGUUACUCUCCUUGUUUCCUCACUAAAUGGAGUUGACUCCUUUUUUUUGUGUGUGUGUGUAUGUAAAUAAUGCUAUAAAUAACUUUAAGUAUGGGCUGGGUGUGUUUUAGACUUGGACAAAAAGGUUGAUGCACUGUUGAAGUGUACGAGGAAUGAAAUACACUUUAUACGUUUUACCCCCACAAAUGAACAUCUACGAGGGGGAAAAUAAGGAGGUUUGAAAAAAAUCUGUUGGGAGACACUUUUUGUAUUGUUUCGACUUGUUUGGGUCUCAUGAGUUCUCCAAGAUAUAUUUAAUCAUGAUUAAAAUUAUGUUAUGGUCA